AAACGUUCUUGCUUGCUGUUUUUGCAAGUAUUUUCAGAACAGGUCUUUUCCAGGUUCGUGCAGUAACCAGGAAUGUUGGCAGUGACAAAGCAAUGGCACUGGCUGCAAAGGGCAUUGAGAUAGCACAGGCUGACCUAGAUGACCGCCAAAGUCUUGCUGAUGUACUUGACGGAGCUUACGCUUGCUUCAUUGUCACCGACACGCAAUUCAAACGAACUGACUGUGGAGAAUAUGAAUACAGUCAAGGUGAGAACGUCGCCGACAUCUGUAUGGUCAAGAAGGUCCGACACGUUGUCUUCUGCUCACAGUUGAAUGCAUUUGAUGGCAUGGGGUUGCAGGUCAAACAUUACGAUGCUAAAUCACGCAUUGAGGACUUCAUGAAAGAGAGGGCACUACCAUUAACAACCAUUAUGAUUUCUUGUUACUAUGGACAUUUUCUCACUUGGUUGAAACCACAGAAAUAUGGUGACCAUAUGUAUAAAAUUGCCAUUCCAAUGGGAAAUAUAUCGCUGGAUGUAAUAAGUGUGGCACAGAUAGGUGAAGCUGUCCGAAGUAUCUUAAACAACAGAGCGCAGACACUCAACAGGAACUUCCUACUCUCUGGUGACAAGUUAACUAUUGUAGAGAUAGCUCGAACGUUUAGUAAGCAUCUGAGACCUUACGAGUUUAUUGAUGCACAGUUUUCCCCACCAUAAUGGACGCCAUCUUGGAAAUUGUCAAGUCUAGAGACCACGGAAAAAUUAAUUCCGGGAUUGAAGAGCUUUGACACACCUGGGUUCGGGAAAACAAGCAGGCAUUGAUGAGUGUUCUUGAACAAUAGGAAGACAGAGAGCCAUACAAGUAAUGUGUUGCACAUUUGUAUAAUGUAUUGCACAUUUGUAUAAUGUAUAGUACCAGUACAAUACUUCUUCUUGAAUCGUGUCAUAGCACAAAGUACUCGGUGAUGAACUAAAAUUUAUAGGAAUUUGCUAAAUAACCGUUGCACACUUUGGUUUAAUAAUCUUAAAAUGAUGUCACUAUUGAUUGUCUAGUUGUUAGCUGAGGACUUUAAUAAAACAAUCAUAAUAAUUAUUAUAAUAAUAGGCUUACAGUACUUAAAUAUUUGUAAUGCACCGAUUUCAAGUAAAUUAUGGCACAGUAGGUAUAUCUUGAGCAAUUUUAGUAUGUUCACAAUCCUAGUUCCUAUUAAUAAAUUAAAUGAAGGAAAGCUUUUAAAGCAUUUAAACACUGGAAUGGCACCCUCUAAUUUCUCCAUAAAGCAUUGUAGCAAACAAUGUAUGAUUUUAUUUUUGAGUUGUGUUUUGACUUAAUAUUACUAUAAGCUGAAAAUUGAAGCAGUUGUCACAUUACUAACAAUGGUAUCAUUAUUCUGGGUAUAUUAAUUAGCCAAUUAGUAAAAAUGCCUUUAUUAUUUUUUAAAGUUGAAUUACAGCUUUCUAAUUUAUAGUACAAUAGAACUAUCCUUGUCAGCUUCAACUUCAACCAAAAUCGUAAUGGUUAUUAUUAUACAAAACAUGGUUACUGUAUAUGGGAUUAUGCAUACAUAUAUAGAAACUGAAAUAUUAACCUACCAGAAUUUUUUUUUAUAGUAUAUUUAUUUUAAAAUAUGUAUAAUUAUGUAAUAUCAGAAUCAUAUAGCGAUUUAUAUAUUAUAAUAGAAAGUUAAUUUUAAAGUGGUUUUUCACCACAUACUGAAACUCAAGGCACGGGCUGAUGAAGAGAAAAAUAGGAACAAAUUAAAUACUGUUUUUUUGUUGUUUUUUUUUUUUAUAUUAACACUGCUCUUAAAGAGACUCAAGGAGUUAAUCUGGAGUUUAUCUUGUCCAUCUGAAUCUACAUUUUGCAAUAUGUAUCACUUUCUUUCGAAUUUCUUUUCUGUAUUUACUCGAAUAUACGCCGCUUUUGGAAUAAACACCUCCCCAUUUACAGAUUCAGAUAUUUAUUACGUCAAAAUGUCAGUGCAUCAUGAUAAUUGGUUUCCACGGUUCAAAAUACAAAUAAUACUUAUUCUCUGGUAAAUACAGUACUUGGAUAUGACAGUGUUAAAUAUUGAUUUCAUUGAAUUGAAUUAAAAAAGAAAAAUUGCACAUGUACAGGUAUAUGAGUUGUGAGAAUUAUACUUGGGGCCUAUACAAACUUGAUUUACAAUUAUUACUACAUGGUUAAUGAAUAUUCUGCAAUAAGAUGCAUGGCCGGCGGAACCGGGCCCAACUUUUUGGCAAAAAACAUAUUAUGUCUGGAGAUUUUUGGAUGAUCGGAAAGAAAUGCAAGAGAAGAAAGAAGGAAGGAGGAGAAGGAGGAGAAGGAAGGGAAAGAGAAUGUUUAUCCACUCCCCGACCGAGUUACAUUUUCUCGCAAUGCACAUUGGCGGAUCUAGAGGAGGAGGGUCAUGGGUCCUGACCCUUCCCUUGGGCAACAAAAAAAAGGGAAAAAAGAAUUCUAGACCUACCUUUUCAGGACCCGUGAGCUGUUUUUUUGGUUUUUUU